AUGUUUAACGAUGACAACAAAAUUCUCGAUGAAAUAAAUUAUCAAAUGGUCUCACCAUCUCCUAAUAGAAUAUUUAAUAUUCUUAAAAAUUAUAAAAAAAUUUUUGUUCAUAUUAUUGUGCAUCAUAUAGCUCAAAUUAUUGCAUUAUUAAUUUGUAUAAUUCUCAUUUCAAUAAAUUUCUCUAUAACAGAACACCCUUUAGGUAUUAAAAUACUAAUUAUUGAAAUAGUUUUUUCUGUUGUUGCAUUGUUUAUUUAUAUUUGUUAUAUUCCAUUAUUAUUCAUUAGUUUUAGAACUCAUCCUCUUUUUAUUGCAGACCCUAAUGGUAAACCAUUAUUUGCUAAGACCGCUAAUUUAGUUCAUCGAUUUUAUUUAUUAACUCUUGGAAUAAAUGUUAUCCUCUCAUUAUUACUUUCUUUUAGUUUUAAUCCAACAGGAAGUUUAAAUAAACGAAGUGAUGGUAUUUAUUCAACACUCAUUUGUUUCUUAAUAUUCCUUGGACUAUCUUGUGGUGAAAUUCAAAAACCUUUGUUGUUUAUCACUCGUAAAAUAAAAUCAGUUGAAAUCAGUUUUAAUGAACUUGAAAUAGAAGAACCUUUGAAAGGAUCUUCUUUUGCUGAUAAAAUUGGUGUUUUUACUUUAGGAUAUAAUUUUAUUGGAUUUCAAUGCUAUGUUAAAUACCAUUUUGACCCAAAUCAACCUACAAUACAACCAGAAUUAUAUCUUAGUGGAUGGGUAAAAAAUUUCUAA